AUUCUUAGCUACCGUGUUGGACUUUUUCAUGACAAAAAACUUUGAGUACCGUCGGGAAAAGUCGAUGUCAGUCUUUGAACUCUUAUAUGGCUCAAGCCCAGUAAUGGAUACCCCGACAGACGGAACACUGAAGGGGAAACACCGCGACUUUAGAUGGUAUCACCUGUCUGCUAACAAUAUGGAAUGGGUUGAGCACCUUACGAUAAGACACAUGAGUGAGAUCUAUCCAAGCUUCAAGGCCCUUUCAAGCGACUUCAAAGAAUUGGCGGGUUUGUCAGAUACUCGCGAUCGCUAUCACAACACGACUACUGGCCGCUCCUCCUUCAGCAAAUCUAGGUGUCGGCCAUUUCAGACGGGGCCAGGUGGGGAUCAGUCCGACGAAGUCCAGAUCGUGGUCUUCAGCUUCGGUCAGCUCUCCGUAUCAGCUGGCAAACGUAAUCCUGAACCAUUGCGCCAAUGUCUUCGAUCAUCACAAAAUCCGCCGGAGUAUCGUUUCUUUGACUUCUUUGAAUCAUCUAUUGGCUAUGCGUCCGACCGUGCCGCGACGCUGCUUGAAAACUUUCGCCGUGCUGCUACUUCUGAUAUGGAAGAUAUGGAAGACAACGACUAUCACACCAAAUUCAGCAUUCAGAAGGAAGCCAGGCUCCUUGUUGAGAUUGAGGAUAUUCGAGAAGAACUCAAUAUCCUGCGCGUGGUCCUGGAAGACCAGAGUAACAAGUUCGAGGAUAUGUUUGAUAUCUCAGAACGUAUUCAGCACGUGGUUCUGGAGGGCUAGAAGACCAGAUCCGGGGAGAUGUUUGAUAUCUCAGAACGUCCUGAUUUAGACCAGCUUUACGAUGAUUGUCUAUCGGUAAAGGACAACCGUCUCCUGGCAAGUCACCUACAAUGGAUAGGAACGAUGGAGAAGAUGGCAAAGAAGACGUCAAAGGCAGUGAGUUCUCGUGGUUUCCGCGUGUAUAUGCUCGGCUGCCGCGUAUAUCCCGUAUCAAAGAAAGUUG